AUGGCAGGUGUUAAACCCGGUCCGGAGCCUGAUCCAGCCGUCCUCCCUUGCACCCCAGUGGCUUGGGAAACGGAGGCCGCCCGGGCUGCCCCCAGACUCCGCUUUGCCCAGGCUGUGACCCAGAUCUCAGCCUGCCCGGGAAGCCACGACAGAGUGACAGGAAAACCCUGGCCCAGCCCAGUCUUGCUUUGCUCAUUGCCCUCUUUGAUCGUCUCCGGCAGUCACAGACAAGAGCUUGUUUUCUCUUCAAGAGGUACUUGUGUUGGUGUUUCUCCAGCAGUUGCUCCCGUUCACACAGCCAUCCUUUCCCAGAGUCCGUGGCUGCUCGGUAAUGGUGCUCUCACAGCUUCGUUGUCUCCUUUUUUCCCCGCAGGAGUAGGGAAUAACAAUGAUGGCACCUUGGUCCUUGGGGCCACCAAUAUCCCCUGGGUGUUGGAUUCAGCCAUUAGAAGGAGGUUUGAAAAGCGGAUCUACAUCCCAUUGCCCGAAGAAGCCGCCCGGACCCAGAUGUUCCGCCUCCAUCUCGGAAACACCCCGCACAGCCUCACCGAGGCCAACAUCCUCGAGCUAGCCCGGAAGACAGACGGCUACUCGGGAGCAGACAUCAGCAUCAUCGUUCGGGAUUCUCUCAUGCAGCCCGUGCGCAAAGUGCAGUCGGCCACACACUUCAAAAAGGUUCGAGGCCCUUCUCGUACCAACCCUGGAGUCGUGAUAGAUGACCUCCUGACCCCCUGCUCCCCGGGAGAUCCUGGAGCCAUCGAGAUGACGUGGAUGGAUGUCCCCAGCGACAAGCUGCUGGAGCCUGUGGUGUGCAUGUCGGACAUGCUGCGGUCUCUGGCCACCACCCGACCCACCGUCAAUGCAGAAGACCUUCUGAAAGUGAAGAAAUUCUCAGAGGACUUUGGACAGGACGAGGAUAUGAGUUCCACAAGUGAAAGGCAAUUCAAGUCAAAAGAGAAUUAGGUCUAGUGAAGACUGUUGGCCCAUUUUUCACAGCUGCCUUUUCCUCCUGCCUGUGGGAACAGAACAGUAUCGCUGCACUUAGAGUCCCUCUCCUGGAAAUGGCCUAAUAAACCUUUUUCCCCUCCUGA